UAAACAGAAAGAAGUGUCGUAAACAUACAACAUGGCUGCCUCCUUGACAGGACGCGGUGUCGCUUUUAUCCGGAGUAUAUGCGGGCAGUUUCCCUGCAGGUCCCCGGCCCCGGGCCCGGGCCCCCAGCAGCUGUGCCGUCUCCACGCCGGCGCCGGGCUGCAGGCCCGGAACUGGGAGAAGAAGAACCUGCAGGUGUUUCCGCCGCAGCGUCCGGACGAGGCCCGGCGGCCGGCGGAGGUCUUCCACAGCAGGAGGCAGAUCAAGUACAGCAAGGACAAGAUGUGGUACCUGGCCAAGCUGAUCAGAGGGAUGAGCGUGGACCAGGCCGUCGCUCAGCUGCAGUUCAGCGACAAGAAAGGAGCCCGAAUCAUGAAGGAGGUGCUGCUGGAGGCGCAGGACCUGGCGGUGAGGAACCACAACGUGGAGCACAGGUCCAACCUGUAUGUGGCCGAGUCCUUCUCCGGGAAAGGCCAGUACCUGAAGCGGAUCCGGUACCACGGCCGCGGCAUGUUCGGCAUCAUGGACCGGGUCUACUGCAGCUACUUCGUCCGGCUGGUGGAGGGCGCCGCGCCCCGGGGGGCGGGGCCCAGCCGCCUGGACCGGGCCCAGGACCACGUCCACAAACUCAAGAACCGCACCAUCAUCCACAGUCUGUGACCGGCCCGGUCCAGGUCCUGGUCCCGGUCCAUGUCCCAGUCCCGGUCCCAGUCCCGGUCCCAGUCCCAGUCCCGGUCCCAGUCCCGGUCCCAGUCCCGGUCCCAGUCCAGGUCCCAGUCCCGGUCCAGUCUGUGUU